GAGAGAGAGCCUGAAAGAGAGGAGGGCAUUAAGCAAGAAAGCAGGGAGCAGAGCAUCGAGCCAGCAGUAGCUUUUUGAGGCCCCCCCUUCCCCCGAUCAGCAAUGCUCCCCCGACAGAUAGGUUGAGAGCGGCAGCCCCGUGACCCGCUGCGCUCCGGAGAAGCCCGAUCACUUCGGACAGCCAGGAGGGAGGAAAGACACCGGCGAUGUGAGCAUGCAGCCUCCUCCACAAAGGCAGACCUUCUUCUGAGCGGAGCUCCGCUGCUGCCACUGGAUUACAGUCAUCCUCGCUGUUUCCAAGGAGGCUUCCUGCUGCCAACAUCCCCACAUGAAUUUAGCAAACUGUCAAGAAACGGAGCACUUCCUUACCAAGAGUGCCUACCCCUGUUGAGUGAAGCCCCACCUGCAUAUUAGUCAUCUCCAACCAACUCGGCGGUGGUGCCAUGCCUUCGUGUAAGCCAGACGGAGUUCUGGCACAGUCCAGGCGAACCAUCCUUGGCUUCUGCUUCUUCUCAUCUCCCCUGUGUCUGUUGCUGCCUUUGAUUAUCCUCCUAACCAGGCCAUGGGACAGCUUGUGUGAAACACUAGCUCCACCGAAGUUCACCAAAAUUCCCACAGACCAGAUCGGAGUGUCAGGGGGUGUGGCAUCAUUUGUGUGCCAGGCCACUGGCAACCCCAAGCCAGUCGUCUAUUGGAACAAGAAGGGCAAGAAGGUCAACUCCCAGCGUAUCGAGACCAUAGAGUUUGACGGAGGUGCUGGAGCCGUGCUGAGGAUCCAGCCUCUCAGAGCUCCUCGAGAUGAGAACGUCUACGAGUGUGUGGCACGCAACAGCCAAGGAAACAACACCACCACUGCAAAGCUGGAUAUUAUCAGAGAGGACGUGUUACCAUCUGGCUUCCCGAGCAUAGACAUGGGUCCACAGCUGAAGGUGGUGGAGCGGACAAAGACAGCCACCAUGCUUUGUGCUGCCAGCGGCACCCCUGACCCAGAUAUCUCCUGGUUCAAAGACUUCCUCCCCGUCGACCCCAGCCUCAGCCAGGGUCGCAUCAAAAAGCUUCGAUCAGGAGCAUUGCAGAUCGAAAACAGCGAGGAGACGGACCAAGGGAAGUACGAGUGCGUGGCAAACAACUCCCAAGGCGUGCGCUAUUCCUCCCCAGCAAACCUUUAUGUGCGAGAGCUUCGAGAAGGAGCUUCAGAUACAUUGCGCCGCGUGCCCCCUCGUUUCUCUAUCUCACCCAACAAUCACGAGAUCAUGCCUGGGGGGAGCGUCAACAUCACCUGCGUGGCCGUGGGUUCGCCCAUGCCUUACGUCAAGUGGAUGUUGGGCACGGAGGACCUGACCCCGGAGGACGAGAUGCCCAUCGGACGGAAUGUGCUGGAGCUCAACGGCGUCCGGGAGUCGGCCAACUAUACCUGCGUGGCCAUGAGCAGCCUGGGCAUCAUUGAGGCCACUGCUCAGGUCUUAGUCAAGACUUUACCAAAGCCUCCUGGCAUGCCCAUCGUCACAGAGACCACAGCUACCAGUGUCACCAUCACCUGGGACUCGGGCAAUCCCGACCCCGUGUCCUACUACAUCAUUCAGUACCGGGCCAAAGGGCCAGACAGCAAGUAUGAGACGGUGGACAGCAUCACCACCACCCGCUACAGCAUCGGUGGACUCUACCCCAACACUGAGUACGAAAUACGGGUGUCGGCCUUCAACAGCAUCGGACAGGGGCCGCCGUCGGCCCGCGUGGAGGCUCGCACCGGAGAGCAAGCCCCUGCGAGCCCCCCGAGGAACGUGCAGGCCCAUGUCAUCUCUGAGAACACGGUGAUGGUGCGCUGGGAGGAACCAGAGGAGCCCAAUGGACAGGUGAAAGGCUAUCGUGUAUACUACACCAUGGACCCAUCCCGAGCCAUUAAUGAGUGGCAGAUACACAAUGUGCAGGACAGCGUGAUCACUACCAUUCAGAACCUCGUGGCCUCAGAGACAUACACCAUCCAAGUCCUUGCCUUCACCUCUGUAGGCGAUGGCCCUUUUUCAGAUCCUGUACAUGUGAAAGUUUUGCGUGGAGUUCCAGGUCAACCAGGAAAGUUUAAAGUCGGGAAGGUGACAGACACCAGCAUUGAGCUGACCUGGGAGCCCGCGUACACCAAGGAGAAAAUUGUCAACUAUGAGCUUCUCUACAAGCCUGUCAAGUUUGGCAGUUUGGAGAAGUUGACCUUCGGGUCGAGGAACUCUUACACCGUCGAGGGCCUGAAAGCGAACACCGAGUACUCCUUCUCCCUGGCCGCCAUCUCCAACAAAGGCAUCGGCGCAUUCACCAAUGAACUUGUGCAGAGGACAUCCCAAGCCAAGCCCUCAGCUGCACCUGAAGGUGUGUCCUGCGAGAGUGUCAGCUCCACCUCACUGGGAGUGAGCUGGAGGCCGCCUCAGGUGGAGGCCCAGAAUGGCGAGUUGGCAGGUUAUGAGCUCAAAUACCAAAGGGUUUCUGGGACAGGAGAAGAAAAAGGAGGAGAAACUCAGGGCUUUGAGGUGGAUGGGCCUCCCAUCACAGCGCAGCAGACACAGAUUGUGUUAGAGGGCCUGGAGAAGUGGAGCUGGUACAAUAUCACUCUGGCAGCCUCCACAGCAGAGGGGACUGGACCCAGAAGCCCGGCUGUGCUGUGCAGAACACAUGAGGGUGUUCCCGGCGCCGCUCCCCGACAGGUGGACGUUCAGCCCCUCAACUCCUCAGCUCUCCGGGUAACGUGGCGCUCUGUGUUGCCACGGUUACGGCAAGGCCAGAUACGGGGGUACCAGGUGCACUUCAGCCGCACGGAGAGCGGUGAAUCACGCACCCUGCCCCGAAUCAAAGACCUUCUAUUGGAUGAAUCCCAGAUGGAGGAGGAUGAUUCGACUCAGUAUGAACUGGUUUUAGGAGGUUUGAAAGCAGAGACUUUGUAUUCUGUCUCAGUGGCUGCAUACACCACCAAAGGGGACGGAGCACACAGCAAAGCUAAGCUGGUGCAGACCACAGGGAUUGUGCCUGGCUCGCCGUCCCUGUGGGUGCGUCCGGGAUCCGGCUCGUCUGUGGUGGUGAGGUGGUCUCCUCCGCUUGAAUGCUCCGAGACAGGUUCUGAUGGCCGGGUGGCCCCAGUGGAAAUCCAGGGCUACCGCCUACAGUUCGGGCUGAAGAACACUUCUUUAAACGGCACUGUGGAUUUCCAACCUCAAGAGAGAAAUUUCACUGUCAGAAACCUCUCCCCAGGGUCCUCCUACAUCUUUGUCCUCGCCGCGAAAAGCCGAGCCGGCUACGGAAAUGCGACGCAACAGGAAAUAGCUGUUCCCAUGUGUCCACCCUCAGGAUACCCUAAAAUAAUCGAUUUUGUGAACGCUACCUGCUGCUCCCUCCAGUUCUCCUGGCUGCCCCCCUCCCCAGACGAGUGCAGCAACGCCGUCACAGAGUACACCGUAGCUUACAGAAAGGCUUCCAACUCGGGCUCCUCUGCCCUACCAGCCUCCUCUGCUCCCCCUUGGCUCAUCACACUUCCUGCAAGUGAGUCCAGCUAUACCAUCUUGGGCCUGAAUCACAGCACAGCCUACGAGGUGCAGCUCAGAGCCCACAACCAGGCAGGGCCAGGCCCUUUCAGCCCUGCUCUGUUGUACCUCACCCUGGCCUUUGAAACAGAUGUGCCGAGAAAUUUUUCUGUCAAUCUGGCCACCAAGACCAGCGUCCUUCUCACCUGGGAUUUUCCAGAAACCAGCAACCCCUACCGCUUCAUUGUGGAGUACAACCGUCAGAAGAUGGAGGUGGACGCACGUUUGAAGAAGGCAGUCAUCCCGAACUUGCAGCCAGACACCAGCUAUGACUUUAAAAUCACGGCUCCCGAGGGCAACAUGGGAGGCCUUCGCCACCGCAUCACAGCCAAAACGUCCCCACCAAUCACCAUCCGCCGUCCUGAGAUCGACCAAAGUCGCCGUGAAACCGAAGCCACGGUCACCAUCAUCCUGCCAUUGCUGGAAACUCGCACUCCUGUCAAGAACAUUUAUGUCGUUGUGGUUCCAUUGCGGAGAGCCCGCGGCGUCAUUAGACACCUGAAGAGUCCAGAUGAAAUGGACCUUGAGGAGCUUUUGAAAGACAUCAGUCAAAGGCAGAGGGAUUCUCGACAGCAGAAGCAGGUGGAUCUAAGGCGGGCUUACAUCACAGCCCGUUUCACACCUGAAACCCUACCAGCCUUCUUCUCGUUGGGGGACCAGCUGGACUACGGGGGCUUUGAGAACCGUGCUCUAGAACCGGGCCAGGAGUACGUCUUUUUCAUCCUGGCUGAACUGAACUCCACAACAGGGAGGAUGUAUGUGGCCAGCCCUUACACAGACAAAGUGAUCGCCCCGGAUUCAGACCCCCAACCCUUCGAUGCGGGCGACGGACUGAUCUGGGUGGUCGGACCCGUUCUGGCAGUGGUCUUCAUCAUCUGCAUCGUUAUUGCUAUCCUCCUUUACAAAAACAAACCUGACAGCAAGCGCAAAGACUCUGAACCAGGAACCAAGAGCCUUUUGAGCAACGCGGAGAUGAUGGCUCAUCACCCGACGGACCCCGUGGAGAUGAGACGCAUCAAUUUCCAGACUCCUGGAAUGAUGAGCCACCCCCCCAUCCCCAUCAGUGAGCUGGCUGAGCACAUCGAGCUGCUGAAAGCUAAUGACAACCUGAGACUCUCCCAAGAGUAUGAGUCGAUCGACCCCAGCCAGCAGUUCACCUGGGAGCACUCCAACCUGGAGGUGAAUAAACCCAAAAACCGCUACGCCAACGUCAUCGCAUACGACCACACCCGAGUCGUUCUGGCUCCCACAGACGGUAUCCUGGGGAGUGAUUACAUCAAUGCUAACUUCAUCGACGGGUACAGAAAGCAAAACGCCUACAUUGCCACCCAGGGGCCCCUGGCAGAGACAUUCGGGGACUUCUGGAGGAUGGUGUGGGAGCAGCGAACCGCCUCUGUCGUCAUGAUGACGCGGCUAGAGGAGAAAUCUCGGAUCAAGUGUGAUCAGUACUGGCCAAGUCGCGGCACGGAGACAUACGGGAUGACCCAGGUCACGCUGUUGGACACGAUGGAGCUUGCCACUUUCUGCGUCCGCACUUUUUCUCUGCAUAAGAGUGGCAGCAGUGAACGGAGGGAGGUGCGUCAGUUCCAGUUCACCGCCUGGCCCGAUCAUGGUGUGCCUGAAUAUCCCACCCCCUUCUUGAACUUCCUUCGCAGGGUCAAAGCCUGCAACCCUCCUGAUGCCGGACCCAUCAUUGUUCACUGCAGUGCCGGCGUGGGUCGCACUGGAUGUUUCAUCGUCAUCGACGCCAUGCUGGAGCGCAUUCGGCAUGAGCGCACCGUGGACAUCUACGGCCACGUGACUCUCAUGCGCUCGCAGAGGAACUACAUGGUGCAGACGGAGGACCAGUACAGCUUCAUCCACGAGUCCCUGCUGGAGGCCGUGGCCUGUGGGAACACGGAGGUGGCGGCCCGCAGCCUGUACUCCUACAUGCAGAAGCUGUCAAAGGUGGAGCCUGGAGAACAUGUCACCGGCAUGGAGCUGGAGUUCAAGCGUCUGGCCAACACCAAAGCCCACACAUCGCGGUUUGUCACAGCCAACCUCCCUUGCAACAAAUUCAAGAACCGACUGGUGAACAUCAUGCCCUACGAAACCACUCGCGUUUGCCUGCAGCCCAUCCGCGGCCUGGAGGGCUCCGACUACAUCAACGCCAGUUACAUAGACGGAUACAGGCAGCAAAGAGGCUACAUUGCCACCCAGGGUCCACUUGCCGAGACUACGGAGGACUUCUGGAGGAUGCUGUGGGAGCACAACUCCACCAUCGUGGUCAUGCUGACAAAGCUGAGAGAAAUGGGACGGGAAAAGUGUCACCAGUACUGGCCCGCCGAGCGCUCUGCCAGGUACCAGUACUUUGUGGUUGACCCGAUGGCGGAGUACAACAUGCCCCAGUACAUCCUGCGGGAGUUCAAAGUUACAGACGCCAGGGACGGCCAGUCCAGAACGGUACGUCAGUUCCAGUUCACCGACUGGCCUGAGCAAGGCGUGCCGAAAUCUGGGGAGGGCUUCAUCGACUUCAUCGGCCAAGUGCACAAAACCAAGGAGCAGUUUGGCCAGGACGGACCAAUCGCCGUUCACUGCAGUGCUGGUGUGGGGCGGACAGGUGUCUUCAUCACGCUGAGCAUUGUGCUCGAGAGGAUGCGUUAUGAGGGCGCAGUUGACAUCUUCCAAACUGUCAAGAUGCUGCGGACACAGAGACCGGCCAUGGUGCAGACUGAGGAUGAGUACCAGUUCUGCUAUCAGGCUGCUCUUGAGUACCUGGGUAGCUUUGACCACUAUGCAACAUAAGAGAGAAAAACACACAAUCCACCUUUCUGCUUCAGCAAAACAACAAACGACAUGAGAGAUGGGGAGGGGUGGCCCAAAACGACAACAUUCAACUAUUCCUGGAAGCAAGAUUUAAAGACCAAUUCUGCACCGACUAGCGACAAAAACAGCAACAAGAGUUCUGCAGCCGAGCUCACCAGUGCUUUCCCUGCUGGGCGAAGAGACUAUCCAUGUGUAAUCCAUAUACUUACCUCAGUGUUCCAGUGUGAAGGACGUAUAAAUACAUGUGUUGUGGUCAGCUAUCUCAAGUAUGAACCAGUGAAAUACAAAAGGUUUCUGAACAGGAGCUACGCUACUCUAUGUGUGUAAAAUACAAAAAGAUCUAAGAGAAAAACAUAAAAAAAACAGAGCCUGGAUAUUUGCUGCACCCUAAAUGGGCUUUUUAUCCUCAACUUUAUAUCUAUUAGUUUGAUGUACUAAAGGAGUAACAAGGUGAACAUUUCUUUGUGUCUGUGAGUCGACUUCGCGGACGUCUACAGACCCAUCAGCCCCGAGGACUUUGUGGAGACGUGGGUGGCGGCUCAUUCACCAGAUGCACAGUGCCAAGACAAAGCCGCGCAGCGCAAGCGAGAACUGUGGCCUAUAAGGAGGCAUGGCUCCUAUUUGUUACCCAGCACAACGACAGACCAGUCAGAGAGAAGUCACGCCCCUUGUUCACCGGCCCCAGAGUCGUCAGCGCCCUGUUGAAGCUGACCUGGGGGGUCGCAUUUAGAGCCCGUCGAGUCCAGAAGCGGGCUGGGACCUGUAACACGGUUCCUCAUCAACAAUAGAUCCUGCUUGCUGUUUGCUAUCGUCCGUGUUCAUCGUCCAUCUUUGCUCCCUCUUGAAUGUCCGUCCCCCAUUGUGUUGGUUCAGCAGUGGCUUAGUGAAAGAAAUGCUUGCAAAAGAACUGAGCUCUAUAUUUCUCUCUCAGUUUGGUCUAUUUUUCGUUCAUAUCUGCAGAUUUUUCUGUGUUUUUGACGUUUUCCUUUGCCUUAUGCAGACUUGAUUUUUCUCUUUAACACGCUGCUUGACACUCAUCCAUUGGCUUCAAAGCUUCUGUUGUUAAACACCACAUCUUAUGUUAAGAACGAAAGCUUUGUCAUGGUCAUCUUCCUGCUCUAGUGUUUUCCUACUUGAAUUUGCACUCCUUCGCAGUAAAAUCAUUCCUAUAUUUUUACUUGUUGAGCUUACCGCUAAUGGAGGAUAAUGAAAUAUAUUUUAAAAAUGAGAACGCUUGAGGUACAGUGCCUUGCAAAAGUAAAAGAAAAUAAAUAAAAUAUUCAUACCCCUUGAACUUUUUCAUCUUUUCUCAAGUUUUGACCACAGACUUUAACAUAUUCAUAUGCAUUUGAAAUUUAUGUGACAGAACAGUAAAACUUAGUGCAACAUACAGUAUGUGAAGGUUUAUGGAAAACAUACAUGGUUUUUAAAACUUGUAUGUUUCUCCCAACAGUGAUCCAAGUGAUAACAGUAGAUGUUAAUAAAUACUGUGAAGAUCACAUUAGUGGGCUUCUCUCUCUCCACAUUUAUAAAUUCCUCAUUACAAUAAUCUGCAUGUGUUUGGAAUCAUCCUGCCUGGGUUUUAUUUAUUUUUUAUUUUUGGAGUGUGUUUUUUCACAUCCAGAAGCUGAAAUUUUUGCCUAUUUGUCCUUACAAAAUAGUUCAAAGUCAGCCGGAUGGAAGGAGUCUGCAAAUAUCAACUUGCAAGCAGUGUUUACUUCCAUCCAUCUUUCUUUAAACUCUGUUUAAAAAAAAAAAGCAUUUCCCACAGCAUAACUCUGCCUCUACCAUGUCUCAUGAUGGGAUGGCAAGUGGUUGCAGUUUUAGCUUUAGGUUAGUUUAGUUUUAGUUGCGAUGGUUUAGUUUUAGUUUUCUGCCACAAAUGAUGUUUUGCAUGCUGGCUACAAAUAUAGGUUUCAUCUUACUUUAC